GGGCCUUUGUACUACGAUGUAAGGCCAAACAUGCCGCACGCUUACUCACAAUUGAAUGCACACGCAUGGCAACAACAACAAGUAGCGAACAUUUGGCAGUACGUGGCCACGUGGCAAGCGAUGGGAGGCACGGGGUACCCCCCAUAUGUGGGAAUGGUCCCCCCUGCAGGCCAGUAUGGUGCGGCAAUGAUGGAAAUGCCCCAACCGAACAUGCAGCAAAAUUUCCAGCAGGAAACAUCAAGCGGGACACAUGCUCCAGUAAGGACAGGUAGACAGGAGACCGGGUUUGAAGAACAAGGCCAAGAACGGUCCCAGAGGGAUAGACAGGGAAACGAGGAGGAAGGGGAGGACGAAGAAUAUCUUUCACGAGCAGUAGCCGUGGUGAGGGAACAAGUGAUAGACGAGAAUACGGAUGUAGACGCAAGAAGACACUUGGGGAAAAGAAAAGUGAGAGGGGAUGGAAUCGGAGGGGGUCAAACACCACUAGUACCUCAGAUCGACGGGGUAGAUCUGGCGGAGGAAGAGCUACGGUACAGGGACAUACCAAGUGGAGUAGAAACAUUGGCAGAAGGGGAGGAAGGCACGGAGCAAUUUCUUCUACCAUUUGUCUGCGCCUUACAUGCGCAAGACGUGUUUGUUCUGGGACUAAAAAAGCAAGACAACAUGAUGGUCCUACCGGCGAUACCGUUGGCAGGCCUUGGAUCAGCAGAUCUGAUCACCUCGGCAGUUAGUCGCCUGUAUAGCGAUAGGUUCGCCUUUCAGAUUUUUCCGGAAGAUAUGAUGCCAAAGCUGGUAGUGAAUAGCACAGGUGGAAGAAGGCUCAGAUUCUCCAUACCGUUAAUUGACGCCAGGAUCCCGACAAAAGUUUGGCACGAGAUAGAAAAUGUGGGAAUGGACUGUCUGUUGUUGAACAAUUUUACAGCGGGAGACAGUUCGAUUCUGGACUUUGUGGUAGUGCAGUCGGGAAUUCCAGCAGCCUUCCUCCGCAAUCUAAACGAGAAGCUACCAGCAAGAAGGAACUUGAAUUCGGUAUACUUGGCGAAAUGUCUGAUAAAAAGGUGGUUGGAGCAGGCACAACAGAGUCAGGGAGAAGAUGGGCACAUCCAACAGAGUGCUAACAGUGGAAGAGUGAAUGGUUAAGAUAAGAUGUGUGAGCUGGAAUGUGCAAGGGCUGAGGGAUUGCAAUGGAAAGGGAAAAUGCUUCAUCUUCAAAACGUGGAUGCGUGAAAAUCGCACGGACAUUGCCUGCGUUCAAGAGAUAAAGUUAUCUGAGAAGAAACUGAGGGAACUUAAAGACUGGUGGAGGGGCCCUCAAAUCUGGUCACCAGCGAGAGGGUCGAAAGGGGGAGUGGCUAUUCUGAUCCACAAACGAGUAGAAGCUAAAUUAAUAGACUAUGACUCAGACCUUUGGGGGAGAUGGUGUUGGGUGAAGUUAGAGAUAAGACAGGAGGAGUGGACCUUUGUGUCUAUCUACGCACCGAAUGAACCGCUAGAGCCUAG